GAGGGGCUGUGAUUUCAUCCAUGAUUUCGCCUGUUCUCCUUGCGAAGAAGAUGGACUGAAUACGGAAGCUCAGCAUUUCUGUAAUCAGUGCACAAAAUAUUACUGUGAUAACUGUGUUCCGGUUCACAACAAACUACAAAAGACACGCAGUGCUCGACCGGAAGGACAUGAAGAAAUGGGCGGCGGCACCAGAGGCGUUGGACGUACUGGAGAGAUGCGAGAUACAUCCCGGUAAAGCCGUGGAGCUCGUGUGUGUCGACCAUGACCAGCUGUGUUGUCAUGGGUGCGUCGCCGUGAAUCAAAGACAAUGCUCAUCGAUACAGCACAUUCCAGACGUCGCACAGGGCAUCCGGGAAGAUCCAAUGUUUACUCAACUACCACAGAAGGUAGCUGAUCUAAGAAAGCAAUUGGAAAAUAUGCAAGACGCCAGAAAGAAAAAUGGCGCCGCGUUGAGGAAAACUCGGGCUGUAAUUGUUGAUGAAAUAAGGACACUGCGAAAAAAGAUUAACGAAAUUCUUGACAGGAUGGAGAAAACAACUGUGCAAGAACUGGACGAUCUGAUAGCGAAACAAGUAAUGUCCAUACAGAAAGAUAUUGACUUGUGCACGCAAAUGGAUGAAGAUAUGAAGAGCUUGAUAGAUGCGAUCGAAAACGAAAAAAAAACUCUGGCGAACCCGCCUUGUACAUUGGAUGUAAGAAGUGUGAAGAUAAGCUUAAGGAGGCAAAAGAAGUUGUACAUAGAAUGUCAGCAGUUGAAACGUACAAUAUAACAUAUCAGCCCGACAAAGCAAUAGAGGAA